AUGGGCCACGGCAGCCUCACUCUUGGCCAUGAGGAAUAUAAGGCUCUGGGACACUAUCAGAAUGGAUUCUGCUUGGUACAUACCUCCAAGGCCGCGGCGUGGUCUUUCCCUGUGCUUCUGCUACAGAAAGUCUCUUACAGCGCCAUCGCUUUGCGCUACGCAGUGGCUGUCGCGCUUCAGGACCUCGAUGCGCGACGCCAUACCGAGGGCCUUACUCUUAGUGGACAAGAGUCAGCGCUGGCGUUUUCGCACUUCGCUCGGGCAUCGUCGGCAUUCCGAGAAGCCAUACGGCAACCAGUCAAGCCUGUCGACCACGUUGAGACCCUCGCUACACUCUACUUCCACUACGUCUACCUCACGCACCAACGCGCCGUUGAUAAGGAAGAGCUGCAUAAGCUCAGCCAGGCCGUCGUGCGCUAUCUCCAACGUUCAUCGAUAGGGGACGUGUUGACCAGAUCGGCGACGGAGUCAGUUGCGACAAUGACCCCUUCCAUGCGUAGCUUCCUGUGUCGCCUACUUCUAUGGGUUUACAGAGAGGAUGUCUAUGCGAUGGGGUAUCGCUGCGCUGGUGAAGUCGCGCGAUACAUGUCGGGCCGUCCAAAACUUCUCCGACGACUAUGCGUGGUCUCACGGCCAGUAUUGCAGCUGAACUGGGGUACUUUGUAUCCAACUGAGCAACGUCUGGACGACGUUUUCUCGGCUCAGCAUCUGGAUAUGCUAGUUCGCAUGAUCCAACUUCAGUUCCAGAUUACAGAGUUCGGGUGGUCAACAAUGGACUCAGUCAUGUCAGAUGAAUCUUCAGGCACACAAAGACCAGAAGUGCGAAACGCGCAGAUAGAGGAAAAGCUAAAUCUUAUAGAGACGGAAUUUUCUGCUACGUUCCAGAUGAUCACGAUGCCUGAUGAUAACCAUGUAGCCUCGGCAUGCGAUCUUGUUGAAAGCGCUGCCGUAUUCGUGACCAUCUACUACGCGUGGAAAAUGAUCUAUUACCGAUGCGCAGGCAUGCCCGAAGAUAGGAUCCAAGACGUCUUAGCCAUGCUUAUGCAGGCGGCCCAGCAUACCAUACGUAAGGUCCAUCUUAAAGACCUGCGAAGGGCACUUCUGGCGGCUGUGAUUGAGACCAAGAAUCCGAUUCACAAGGACUGGAUCAUGAGCAAGCUCGGGCCGCGAUGGAGAUCGGUGCUCGAACAUGCACUAGAUAGGCACUCUCGGUUGGGGCAGCACAUCAGUAUCUGGACACUCUAUGAGCUGGCCUCGGAUACCAGCGGCAUUUGGUGA